AUGGCCAUUUCAAUCUCGCCCGUCCAGCCCGGGGACGUAGAUUUUCUUACACGAAAAGUUGAAUACCCUGCGCAUCUAGAUGGCCCCCUUUACCGCGUGAUGUUCCCACAUUCACAAAAGCUACGUUGGGAGGAGGAAGAAGACGAAAUAAGGUGGACGGCCGAUGCAAUUCUAGAGGCGAUUCAUAGAGAAGAUGAAGUUCUAUACAAGGCGUGUGGAGAUGAUGGGCUGCCUGUUGGGUUGAUCGGCUGGACGACCAGCGCAGGAGCAUCCGCAGAGUUCAUCCAAGGUGGCCGUGCAGUUAAACCUGGAGUAAGGAAAAAGCGUGCUGGCACGGCACCUCCCUCGACUCUAGAUAUGAAUACAUUGCUUGCUAUAUCCAAAAGACUGAGGGAAGAGAGACGAAGAGUACUCCAGAGUUACUAUAAAAAUGAGAUGUACCGGAUUACCUUUAAGACUGUCAACCCAAAUCAUCAACGCGAAGGUGUUGGAUCUACACUCAUGGAGUCAUUCUGUCGUAAAGUCGAUGAAAGUGCUGCAGACGCCUUUGUUAUGUCGUCGCCGGCUGCUGUGAGACUAUACUCCAGAUUCAGGUUUAAAACAGUUGGCACUGUAGAAACAGAACAAGGAACUUUUACCAGCAUGUUCAGAGCGUCGGUUUUGCCCUGGAAAAGGCUGUAA